CCAUUUUUCGCAUUUUGUAAUUUUUGUAAAGUAUAUACUGUCUUUUGGGAUUUUCGCCUUUUAGUUCAUCGAAUUUCUGGUUGUGUGGUUUGUUUCCUCUUCUGGGCUUUCUUCCCUCGAUUGAUUUCGUUUCGUAAAACGCUCCUUUCGAGUUUCGAUCGCCUUUCUCCCAACAGAGAGAAAAGCUUCGAGCUCGAGAGAAUAUAUCCAUGGGUUCUUCCCCUGUUCAGGGUCGGUUCGAUAUCUUCGAAAUUUAUCGCAGGUUUUGUGACAUUCGAUCAGGUCGAGCUUUGUGUAAUAUUUAUAAAAACGACGAGGAAACACAAAGAACUAAUUAUUCUAAAGAAGCUUUAACUCACCUCAUGAGUCUUGUCGAGAACAAGUUUCAGGCUAGGAACUCCGUUUUUGAUGAAUUGUUCAAGUUGAUGUCACGCCUGGACUUAAUGGUGGACUUCUCCGAGUUUACUCGCUUCUAUGAUUUCGUUUUCUUUAUGUGCCGUGAGAAUGGACAGAAGAGUAUAACUGUAGCUAAAGCUAUUACCGCAUGGAAACUGGUUUUGGUUGGGAGAUUUAGAUUACUUAACCGCUGGUGUGAUUUCAUCGAGAAAAAUCAACGGUACACUAUUUCAGAAGAUACAUGGCAACAGGUCUUGGCCUUUAGUCGUUGUGUACAUGAGAAUCUUGAAGGAUAUGACUCCGAAGGUGCUUGGCCUGUCCUCAUCGAUGAAUUUGUUGAGCAUAUGUACAGCAUUUUAGGACCGAAUAAGAACACUAGCUUGUCCUGUAACUGUGGUGACACAGAAUCUGAAUCAUGCCUUUAUGAAGAUCGUCUUUCAAAUGAGCAUCACAAAGAAUAUAGCCGAUACCACACGGGUUUAAGAAGUGUUCCAGGGCUAAAGAGAAAAACACCUAAAGACUACAAUGAAGAAGAAGAUGAUGACGAUGAUGAAGUAUCUGAAAGUCGAUACACGUAUUCGUCGCCGUACUUGAAACGAAUGAGAUCCGAGGACAGUCCAAGAUGUUCAUCCAAGUCGUAUUGUGUAAUUGAGCGAAGUCUCUCUCAAGGGUUUGCGAGUCUUUUAUCGACUGGUGAUAAGCCGUGAAACACAAGAAACCAUCUCAGACAAAGCAAUUGAUUAUAUACAAAACAAAAAAGAGGUCUCAGGUUAACGGUGAGUUCUUGUUUGUUGUGAGCUAUUUAAUACUUGUUUCCCAAUCGAUUUAUACACUGAGUUUUCAUCUUACAUUUUCGAGUUUUAGAGCAAAAAGAUGACUGUUCGCUGUGAUAUCUAAUGUUAAAUUUUCUUGAGAAAUUUCAAUGUUACGG